AUGGCCAGAGGUCGAUUGAGGGCAACGGAAGCCCGAGCUUCUGGAUGUCGCGCCUGGCCUUGUCUCCGUCGUGCCGACCGGCCCGGUCGAGUCGGCCAAAAAGAGACUUUGCGCUUCGAACUCCUUGCGUGGCUGAGAGGCGAGCGUGAGGCUCUCGACCCACAUGAUGACGUCUGGGACCCUUCCGAUCUGACUCCCAAGGAAGAGCAGCUGUUCCGCAACUUCUGCCAACGCACCACAGCACUCUGUGCUUCCAUCGAUCUCAAACGCCAAGUCUUCCUUCUUGUCGACGGCAAGCCCUCACCUGUCCCAUUCCACCAACUCGACCAAUGUCAGCUGGUCCCCAACUGGUGGAAGCUCGCCAAAGCCGGCGGCUGUGAGCUCACAUUUGCCUUGGUGGUGACCGCCUGUAACCUGCAUCAAGCUGGCCAUGACGUCGCUGGCCUUGUGCCCCUGUUGGACGCGACGGCCGACAUCCACGCAGCCUACAUUCGCCGAGACAGCCUCAGCCCAAAGGGGAAGAAGGUUAUCGUGAAGAAGGCCCACGCCCUCGAGAAGGCGUUCCAUGGCAGCGAGUCGUUGUUGGACUUGGUCGUCGAGUUGGUCAAUGCCCCCAAGGACGUACCUUCCAUCAAGGAGGCACUAGAGGGAUACCCCGUUGUUAAAGGAGAUCGGAGAGAAGGAGGAGGUCGACGACUUGAAGACACACACGCCUGA